AUGUCGCAGCCUGCAACAUUCCCCAGCUCGCCUAGGCCUAACCUCGCGUCUGCGUCGGUCCUCGCGUCUGCGUCGGUCCUCGCGUCUGCGUCGGUCCUCGCGUCGGGCUCGGCUUUGGAGGCCGAAAAACACGCGAGGGUGGCUGACGGUGAAGCCUCAUCCUCAUCCCCCGCCUCUAAGCCACGCAGCUGCGUGACUUGUAGAACCAGGAAAGUCCGCUGUGAUAAAAAGUCUCCAUGUUCAAAUUGUCGUCGCGCGAAUAUCUCUUGUGUUCUCCCAACUGCAGAUCGACAGCCAAGAUGGGCUCGGCGUCUCCAGCAGGGACCAUCGGGCGACGUCAUGAAUCGACUCCGAAGCCUGGAGAAUCUUGUCAAGCAUCUGAGUAGUCAGCUUGAUGAAGCUCAUGCUGCGGCUUCUGCUGGGGGUUCACCCGAUGUGAAUUUCGGCGGCGGCCACGAAGCAGACGCUAACAAUCGAAUGGGCAGUCUGUCUGCACACCCGGGCAAGAUGGACACCCGGUUUGGGAGACUCGUCGUCGAAGAUCCCAAUCGAAGUCACUAUAUUGGUAGUGGUUUUUGGUCACGGGUUGAUGACGAGUUGAAUGAUCUGAAGAUGGAUACACAACAUCUAGCACUCGAGGGGAACGAAAGCUCUGACGAUGAAGAAUCAUUUGGAAAGACUCCAUCUACCCAAGAGCUUGAGAGGAGCCCUCUCGAGCGAAAUUCGUUCAUCUUUAGACAUAAUCUCACCCCAGCGACCCCUGAUCUUCGGGAGUUUCACCCACUGCCGUCGCAAAUUCCUUUCAUUUUAGACAUUUUCUCAGAGAAUGUGAACUCAGUCACUCAAUGCGUGCACAUGCCUGUCGUCACCAAGAUGAUACGGGACCUACGAGGCGACAUGACUCGGCUUACUGCGGUCAAUGAAGCCUUGUUGUUCUCAAUCUACUAUGCGGCAAUCACAUCUAUGGAGAACGACGAUAUUGUCAUCAACUUCGGGUGUACGAAGCAGGAGUUGAAUCUCAAAUAUCGUCUCGGUCUUGAACAUGCCCUCGCAAAGGCCGAUUUUCUCAAUGUCCCUGAUCUCGUUUUAGUACAAGCCUUUGUCAAUUUCCUUGCCCUUCUCCGCCGACACGACAGCCCAAGAUAUGUUUGGAUGAUGACUGGUCUGGCCAUCCGCAUGGCUAUAUCCCUGGGUCUCCACCGGGAUGGCUCGAAGUUUGCAAAUUUGAGUCCAUAUGAUGUCGAGAUGAGGCGCAGAGUUUGGUGGGGUAUUUGCAUGCUUGAUGUUAGAACAUCAGAGGAUCAGGGAACUGAAUUCACUAUCGCUGAAGGGAGUUUCGAUACCAAAAUUCCUUCCAAUAUUAAUAAUGCAGAUAUAGGGCCAGAUAUCCAAGAGAUACCCCCUGAGCGUGAGGGGUUAACCGACAUGUCUUUCCCACGGAUGUCCGCUCAAACAGUUAUGAUUGUAAGGGAAAUGAUGACAAAAAACGCCCAAUCAUCAACCAUUCAAGAACAGACCCGUCUGCUACAUGAUAUCUACCAGGCCACAGAAAAAGUCUAUCUGCAAUAUGCGACCGAAUCGAGUAUUGCGUACUGGGUUUCAGUCACGAUUGCGCGUCUUGUCACGGCCAAGAUGACAUUAUUUGUAUAUCUGCCGCAUCUAUUUUCCUCUCCAAAUGAGCAGCUCACGGGCGAAAUAAGAGCUAAACUUCUCAUUUGCGCAAUCGAGGUUGCGGAAUACAACCAUGCUCUUAAUACCGAGCAAGCAUGUCGCCACUGGCGCUGGGUCUACCAAACAUACACCCACUGGCAUGCAAUCGUCUAUAUUCUCAUUGAGAUUUUCACAUAUGAAUCAAAACCCACAGUUUUGCUUUCCCUGAAAAGACUGAUGUCAAAGGCUCAAGCACAUCGUCAAAGCGAGAUUUUGCGGUUGAGAAGUGACCCCGAAGCCGUCACAAGUAUAGAGGAGGAUCAUGGGAAGAUGCAACCCCCAGCCAGUCCUGAGUUGGCUUCCGAAGGAGUUUCAUCGUUCGAAAGAUGGCGCCAACUAGUGACGGAUCACGGAUUGGAUGAAAAAUACGCGAUAAAAGACGAUACUAUUGGACCGGGCAACAAGUCCUUCGUGCACACAGGUCUUGAAUCUACUUCAGCCCAUGGCUUUCAGUCAACUGGUAAUUUCGGCCUGCCCGAACUUAACCCAGCAGACGGUGGUCCCGUAGACUUUGGGUCGGCUAUACAGCCUGAUUCCUUUCAAUCAGUAUCUGGAAAUACUGUGCAAGAAACAAUAGGCAUGUUUCCAGAGGCUCCGGAAUACCAGUCAAGUGGUGAGCCAAUUGGCCCAGGAAUAGUUACUUGGGUGUGGGAUGAGGAAGUGCCUUCUAAUUCGAACAUUGUCUCUACUGAUAUCAACAUGGACAUCGAUGACAUCGAUUGGUAUGGCUGGGUUGAAUCUGCAAAAAGCAUGCAGUGGGAUGAAAGGCCAAGUGGUGAUCCUUGA